CUCUGGAAACUGCAGACCAGGGUAUGGUAAGGAAGAAACUGGCUGUCAACAUCGCAACCGACUCAGGAGCCUCCGGAUGUCUGAAAUGUGAUACUGCCAUCCACGGAGCCAGAGCGCCUCUCAUCGCAGAAUGAGCUGCCCACACCGCGCUUCAUAAACACCAAGUUCGGCUAUGUAGUGGGAGGUAGUGUUGCAGACCAGCAUGCGUCUGAUAAGGUUGUAUCUUUGUAUUGUCAAAGCUGUGAUAACGGUCUUAAUAAUGCUGUAAGUUCAUUUUGGGAAGCUGAAAGUGUACCACAUGUAUACAAUGAAAAAUCUACAGAGCACAGGCUCUGCGAAAGUGUAUUCCUAAACUCUGUGAAGUUGCAGGACAAUCAUAAUUUAGAAAAACGAUUGCAUAAAGAUGAGAGGUCUUUCUCUGAAUAUCAGAGCUUUAAUACUAUUGGUAGCCCUGCCGAUUUAAUAAGCAGAGGCACCCUAAGUGACCCCAGUGAUCUUCCACACUCCAAGGUACGGUGGCACGGCCCAGACUUUCAACGAAACAGUGAGUACUUAGUCAAUGAACAUAUAGACUUACCUGUCAAUUUACCUGAGCUGAAGUCUGCUACACCCGGGUCACCUGUAAACCUACCUGAGGCCCCGACCACCAGCGCCGUGAUCUCCCUGGUCGCGCAAUCGCAGUCGGAGGUAUUUGAUUAUAUUUACAACUAUUCAUCUAUACAAAAAAUGACACGAGUUUUAGCUUAUGUACUGAGAUUCUGUCGCAACAUUAAAUCUAAAAACGAUAAGAAUAAAAAUAAUUAUUUGUCUAGUGCCGAGUUAAAUAAUGCAUUGAGACUGAUUUUGAAACAUGAUCAAUCCCUUCACUUCAAAGGGGAAUUUCACUCUAUAGGAAAUGGUACUUGUUUAAAAGGUAGUUUAAAGCCAUUGCAUCCGUUUGUAGAUGAAGAGGGUUUAUUAAGAGUAGGGGGCAGGCUUGACCAUGCUAAUCUUACCUAUGUUAGGAAACACCCUUUGAUAUUAGCUAAAAAUUCUCAUGUUACACAACUUAUUAUUCUGAAUGAGCAUUAUAGGCUGCUUCAUGCAGGACCUAAGCUUUUGUUAUCUAGCUUAAACGAAAGAUACUGGAUAAUUAAUGGUAUACGAGAGAUUAAAAAAGUCACUCACAAAUGUAUUAUGUGUUUCAGACUGAAAGCGGCGGCUGCAAAACAGUUAAUGGGUUCAUUACCUGCGGACCGUGUCACCCCUUCGCGUCCCUUCGAGAAGGUUGGAAUAGACUUCGCUGGGCCCGUCAAUGUUAAGCUUUCGCGUAUACGAAAGUCAGUAGUAGGUAAAGGCUAUAUUUGUGUUUUCGUCUGCUUUUCAACAAAGGCAAUUCAUCUUGAGUUGGCCUCAGACUUGACCACCGAUACCUUUCUCGCUUGUUUCAAACGACUAAUAUCGCGACGCGGUUUGCCCACCGAUGUUUAUUGUGACAACGCAGCGACGUUUAAGGGCGCAGACAACCAAUUAGCUGAUUUGCACAAGCUGCUCGCGUCUCGAGACCAUCAAACACAGGUGCAAGAUUAUUCAGCUACUAGAGGAGUGCGAUUUAACUUCAUUCCAUGCUACUCACCGGUGUUUGGUGGCCUCUGGGAGGCCGCAGUCAAAAGUACAAAGUACCAUUUAAAACGUAUUGUACACAACACUCUGCUAACUUAUGAGCAGCUUCAAACUGUUUUGUGUGAGAUCGAAGCCGUACUAAAUUCGAGGCCUUUAGUUCCCAUGUCAACUUCAGACAUCGAUGACUUUUCAUACCUCACGCCGGGACAUUUUCUCAUUGGGGUGGCUCCGACCUCAUAUCCAGAACAAAAUGUGUCAGAUGUACCUAACAAUAGGUUAAGGUUUUGGGACCAUUGUAUAAAGCUAAAACAAAUGUUUUGGAAAGUAUGGUACAAACAUUAUCUUACCGUGUUACAAACUCGUCCUAAAUGGCGAGAUGAUGUACCAAAUAUUGAUGUAGGUUCUCUAGUGAUACUUAGGGAACAAGACACCCCACCAUUGUCAUGGCCCAUGGCCCGGGUAACCAAAGUUUUCCCUGGAGCUGACCAGAAAGUUAGGGCUUUAGAAGUAAAGACGCCUAAUGGCAAAACUCACAUUAGGUCUGUGACGAAGGUGAGCGUCUUGCCUAUAGAUAAGUAAAUAUAUUUAGAAUAAGAUUAAAGGUUAUUUUAUUUUAUAUGUGCUUAUGUAUUUACUUACCUGAAGAUUGUUAUGUUUUACUUACAUACCUAUUAUAGGAUAUUUUUAUAUAGAAUAAGUUACAUAAAAUUAUUAUUUUAAUGUUUUCAUUUUGCAAACAGUUUUCUUACAAAUAUUGUUAUGAGAUGUAAUGUUUUUCUCUUUUAAUAAUAACAAUUCUUAAAACUGUUGUACAUCUAUACUCUGGUUGAUAGUUUUUUCUUUAACUUAUAUAAAGGCAUUGUAUCAGAUGUAAAAGGUUACUAUUUGUACUUAUGUGUCUAAAGUUUUCACUAGAUUGUUUUUCACUUAACUUAAAAGAAUGUUAUUCAUGUGCUUCAUAGAAUACUUUAAAAAGAAUGUUUUACAUUGAAUUGAUUAGCUUCACUUCAGUAGUAUGUCCUUAAUAGUUUUGAUAUUCUACUCUAUAAGUUGUGCUUUAAAAGGUUAAUUACUUCAAUUUAAAAAUAAGUCAUAUUCUGUGAGGCCGCAGCAUGUUGGCAACAUCAAGGUCUAUAUUAUUUUUACUGUAAUAUUUUGUCCUAUGGCAAUAUUACGGGACUUUACGCCACGGACUUUGCCGACGAGGCACGUUUUCUUGUAUCUUUUAACUUUAUGUAAAUAUUUCCUAGUUCUUAAUUCUAAUACAGUCCACUUUAACAUC